AUGAGAUGCAUCGGAUUCAACGGAGAAGAUUGCCUCACUGGCGAUUUUGCACAUCGCCUAAACCGGCCCUUUGGGACAAACAGCACCAACGUGGUCAAGAUCGACACGAUUCUCGUUGAUGGAUUCUCCUCAAACCUUGCCGCUCGUCUCAUCAACAGAACGACACUGCGAGACUCUGGCACAGUCUUUGAGUACGCAGAAAUCGUCUUUGCUGAAUUUAUGAACGAUUCCCUCCUCGGGUGGCGUUCAUUACGGGACGAGGACGCGGUUUUUAGUCGGGAAGUCUCAACGGUUCCCACGACGCCCUCGCCACCGCCGGCGAGUCAACCAUCAUCUACAAUGUCAGUACAAGAGAUGAAGGCGUUUUAUCAGAGAUAUAUCAAGUGCAUCAACGACAAGACAAUGACACGAGAUUUCGCCCAAUUCUGUCAACCAGAGUUGAUCCACAACGACCGCAAGUUUUCCAUCGCAGAGUACAUACCCCUCAUCAGCGAGAGCCAAGAUGCAAUAGAUGACCUGUACUUUGAGAUCGACGAAAUGGUCGCGGAUGAUGAGACGCAGCAGAUUGCGGCGAGACUCGAGUUCACGGGGACUCCUAUGAAGGAGUGGGGAGGCGCGAAGCCCAAUGGCAAUGAAGUCGAGUUUCAUGAGCAUGUCAUCUAUCAGUUGGAGGACGGGAAGAUCUCGAGGGUGUCGUCGGUUAUAGAGUUGGAUGUGUAUCGCCAGCAGAUGAUGUAA